GUGAAGCUGCGUGCGUGUGGUGUGAUAUACUUGUUCGGGGGAAGUGGCCCGCCCCGUCCGGGGAAGGUACAAUCUAUAUAAGAGUGGUCCAUUGCGGAUGUCUGACCCAGAACUUCGCGUGCAGUGAAAGUGUGCCCGGUGUAAAUAUAUUUUUGCCGGAAACAAUAAUGAAGGUCUAUUUAAUAUUGGGUCUGCUGGUAGUGGCUGUAUGUGCCGAGAAGAAAAUCAAUUUGGAAGAUAUCGAAAAAGAUAAUCUAAGAUCGGAGAAAAAAGUUAAAAUCGAGAACAUCCAGACUGAUGAAACGAAGUACGCCGUUAAACCCAACAUUAAUCAGCAGCAACAAUAUCAAAUAUCGACCCAAUAUAAUACCUUGGGCGGUCAUUCCGAAUCAUACAUCCCUUCUCAACAACUUCAGGAUGUAAAAUAUAGCCAAGUAUCACCUGAAAGUUAUAUUCAACCUAACCAAUACGCUAUAUAUGAAAUGCAGUAUAAGCAAUUCGGUCAGAUUACACCUGAUGUACACACAAAUGUUGCGCCGUUGCAACAAUAUGACGGAUAUCAACAGCAAUCAGAAAUACCAACGAAAAGUGUUGCUCCCAUUAGCUUUGAAUCCCAGAAAUUGAAUUAUCAACCGGAAGUAACCGUCGGCAAUCACAUUCAAAGUGUUCAACAGAAAGCAGUCACGGAAAAAUACACAAAAACUUUAAAUCGAGAACCUGUUUACUUUAAUAUUCCGACUACUCAGUUGUUUUCUUACUAUCCUCAAGUGGAUAUUAAUUCUUUACUGUCUCUAAGAGGUAUCGGACUAGCGCAGCAGCCAUUAGCCGGCAAUACGGUGCAACAAAUUUCCAUACCCGUGUAUACUCCUGCGUACAAUCAGAAGCAAUUAAUUUCAUCUGUAAAAAUACCGUAUCCCACAGUUACGCCAGCAACAUACACGACCAAGGUGACUAAAGGAGCGGCGUACACACUUCCAGUAACAUCAAAGACGCUCAAUUCUCCUUCUAUACUAACGACACCGGUGUAUGUUCAACCUCAACAACCGAUUGCUCAAGGAAAGACGCUGCUGCACAAGCAAACUUACAUCCAACCGCAAGCUUCGCAAUAUGUGCAGCAGUUAGUUUACACUCAGCCUGGCAUAAUUUACACCGAUCCCACCACCGCUUACAGCGAUUUUUAUACUCGCCUACCAGCGUACAUUCAAGAUAAUUCGAUUCGCGGACAGGUAAAUCAAUAUCAAACCGAGCAACAAUUGUACGUGACACCGACGGUUGCGAGUGAAGCGCCGAAGGAAGUCCCGCAGGAGCAAGUUAGCCAGGAUAUUCAACAGAAUUAUGUCAAGGCGCCUGAGGAGCCUAAAAGUCACUUUGUGCCGCCACAGUUGCCGCCGCAAAAUUUCAAAUCCGAUGUUACACAACUAGAGCCUGUUUACUCUGAAGAAGAACAACAGUUGCCAGUGCAAGAUUAUUCCUUGACCCAGGGACCAAGAUCGUUACUUGAUUCGUACAUUCCAAGCAAUGUCAUCGUUGCGCAGGAUAGCGCAAGAUACAGAGAAAGGCCAAUAAAACUGGAAGGAGGUUUUCUCCCGUCAAAAGUAAAUUUCGUACUUAAGAAGUUUAAGUCCGAGUGAGAAGAAUCGCCGUGAGUGUCAUGACAAUAAUUAACAAAUGUCAGUAAAGCGUGAAAACUUAAUUACUAGCGAUUACAACAACCGAGACACACGUGAACGCGACAUUGUACAUUUGCUGUCCCAAUACAGAUCGACAGCAUCAUCGCAUCUAGUCUAUUCAUCGAACAUUAUGCGAACUUUUUAUACAUUUCGUUUAUAUUUGUAGAGAUAUGAUUUGAAAACGGCGUAAAACAUUGUUUAUGAGUUUUCAAUAAAAUGUAAAAUAAAAUACAAAUUGUUUUUAUUUA